AUGAAAUCUAUAUCAAAAUAAACAAGAUCAUUGAUUCAUAAAUAAUAAGAAUUAGGAUUAAUAGAUUCUAGGAUUUCUUAAUUAAAAUAAUAAUUAUAAUUACAAGAAUCAAAUAAUCAUAUUAUUGAAUUCAAAGUUAAUAAAAUUUUGGAAACUAAAAAGAACACAUCUAAAGAUUAAUCCGAUGUAUUAUCUGUACAUUAUAAAUAUAGUAUAGUAGAAGAUUAGAAAAUCUAAAUUAAGAAUAACAAAACAGAAACAGUAAAAUUAAGUUAUUGAAACAUCUUUAAGAAGAAGAUUCCUUUAGAAGAAAACGAGAUUUAGAUGAAGAGAAAAGACUUGAAUAGGAAGUAAUGAAAGAACAAUCAAUGCUCUAUUAAUUGCAAUACAAAAAUAGUUAAAAUGAAGAACUUUAAAUUAAAUAGUAGUAAUUCUAAAAGGUUAAUUUAUAUCAUUAUUAUUACUAUAGAUUUAAGAAUAGAAGUUUAGAAUGAAAUAGAAAUUAGAUUUAAGAAGAAUUGAAAAAAUUGAAAAUGUUAGAAAUUGUUAAAUAAAAAAGAAAGCAGAACUUACAGUUAAAUUCGAUUUAUAAUAAUAAGAGUAUUAAUUAAAAAUUGAAGAAGAAUAAUAAUUAUUAAAGUAUAUAUAAUUUAUUAGAAUAUAUAGAAAAUUAUCAUUCUCUUAAUUAAGAUUUUAAGCUCUUAAAGAUGAUCUUGAUUUAGCAUAAAAGAUAUCUAUAAGAGAUUAUACAAAUUCAUCAACUAAUUAAGGUUUUAUUAAAUAACCACUUGAUUAAUCUUAAAUAAAAAAAGUUAUUUUUACAAGUCCUUAUGCUUAAAUACCAUCAAUUUUAAAUUAAAAGUAGCCUAUUCUGUAUAAUAUAGGGAUGUAGAUAAGUUAAACCUACUAUCAAAAUUAUUGAAACCUUCUUUCAAAGUUCAAUAAUAAACGACUGAAAGGUUAAACAAAAAAAAUAACUAAACUUAUUACAAUACACAAAUUUCAGAUAGAACUCAUACAAAAGAAAAUUCAUCCAAAUUCGAUACAGAAACUAGUUAAACUUAAAAAAAUAAAUUUUAAUCUAUAUAAAAUUAAAAUAAUAAAUUGGAUGCUCAAACAAAAAGUUCAAGUAAUUUUAAUGAAAAUUUGGAUACUUAAAAACUAUUGAAAUCUGAAAAUAAAUCUCUUCCAUAAGAUAAUUAAAAUGAAGAAUACGAAGAAGAGUAUAAAGAAAAUUAAUAAGAAGAUAAUUAUGAAUAAGAGGAAAAUUAAGAUAAUAAUUAAGAAGAUGAAAAUUAACCUCUUUAAUAAGAUAGAUAAAAUGAUUAAAAUUAAGAAUAAUAAUAUAUGGAAGAAUUUUAAGAUGAUGAGCAAUAUCCAGCUGAUGAUGAUGAAGAAUAGUGA